AAGGCCUGCCUACAUGCCUGCCUUCAAGCCUACACUCCUGUCCCAGGAAGUCAAGAUGUGGCAGCAGAAGCCGUGGUCGGUGCUACUCCUUGUUGCCUCCUUCACAGGUUUGUGCCAAGCUGGUAAGCUGGAGACAACACCUCUGGUUACUGUGGUCCUGGGUCAAGAUGCAGAGCUGCCAUGUUUCUACAGGGGAGAGCCCGAAGAGCAGGUGAAGCAGGUAGCUUGGGCACGAGUGGAAGAAAAAAAGGGGCCAACAGAAUUGGCAUUGCUACAUGACACGUACGGUCUGCAUGUGGGUUCUUCCUAUGAUGGGCGAGUGGAGCGGCCGCCAUCACCGCGAGAUCCUAAUGAUGGUGCCAUCCUCUUGCGGAAUGCUGUGCAAGCUGAUGAGGGUGACUAUGAGUGCAGAGUCAGCACCUUCCCUUCCGGCAGUUUCCAGGCUGGGCUCCAUCUUCGAGUGCUUGUGCCCCCUCUGCCCACCCUGAACUUGGGUCCUGCCCUAGAAGAAGGCCAAGGUCGCACACUGGCAGCCUCCUGCACAGCCGAAGGCAGCCCUAUGCCCAAUGUGACCUGGGACACAGUGGUCAAGGGUUCAUCUACUAGACGCUUUUCUAGUCACCCAAGAUCAGCUUCGGUCACCUCAGAAUUCUACCUGGUACCAAGCCGGACUAUGAAUGGGCAGCCCAUCACCUGUGUGGUGUCUCACCCUGGUCUGCCAGAGAGCAAAAGGAUCACACACACGCUUCAGGUUGCCUUUCUUGCUGAAGCCUCUGUAUGGGGCCACGAAGACCCUGAGCUGUGGCACGUGGGUAGGGAAGGGGUGAUGCUUAAGUGUUUGAGUGAAGGGCAGCCUCCACCCUCCUACAACUGGACUCGGCUGGAUAGGCCUCUGCCCAGCGGGGUGCGAGUGGAUGGAGGCACCCUGGGCUUCCCCCCACUGACUCCUGAGCACAGCGGUACCUACGUCUGCCAUGUCAGCAAUGAGGUCUCUUCUCGGAACAGCCAGGUCACCGUGGCUGUCACAGCAGAGAACGAAGCCCCACCCGUCGACGUGGACGUGGUUUCGGCCUCCAUGGUGGCUGUAGGAGUGAUUGCUGGCCUGCUGCUUUGCCUUCUGGUCGUGGUGGUGUUGCUCAUGUCCAGGUACCACCGACGCAAGGCCCAACAGAUGACCCAGAAAUACGAGGAGGAACUGACCUUGACCCGGGAGAACUCCAUCCGCAGGCUGCACUCCCACCACUCGGAGCCACGGAACCAGCCUGAGGAGAAUGUAGGGCUUCGAGCUGAGGGCCACCCUGAUAGUCUCAAGGACAACAGUAGCUGCUCUGUGAUGAGCGAAGAGCCCGAGGGCCGAAGUUACUCCACUCUGACCACAGUGAGGGAGAUCGAGACCCAGACGGAGCUGCUGUCACCAGGCUCUGGACGGACGGAUGAGGAGGAAGAUCGAGACGCGGGAAUCAAGCAGGCCAUGAACCACUUUGUUCAGGAGAACGGAACUCUUCGAGCCAAACCCACGGGCAAUGGCAUCUACAUUAAUGGACGGGGACACCUAGUCUGACCCUCUGCCCGGCUGCUGCCUCAACUAUCCCGGGCCCUCUGUGGACCCAUGUUGGGAGACGUUUGCCUGGCCUCACACCCGGCACCCCUAAGACAAAGGCCUGUGGCCCCGUUGACCUCUGGCCUGUUCCCAGCCAACCCCACUUCCAGCUUCUAUUUAGAGGUACCCCUCUGGGCUCGGCCUCUCCUGGUGCUAGUCAGUGUGUGUGUGUGAGUGUGUGUGUGUGUGUGUGUGUGUGUGUGUGAGUGUACUUGAAUGAAUGAAUGAGUGAACCAUGGUCUGGGUGACUGUGUCAGAGGGCAGGGGUGUGUGUGUGUGUGUGUGUGUGUGUGUGUGUGUGUGUGUGUGUGUGUAACCAUGCUCGUGAGGCCGUGUCUGGGUGAUUGUGUGUGUGUGAGAGAGAGCUCACUUCUGACCACUGCCUGUGUACAUUGGCUAGACUUUCAGACCCUAAACAGUAUUAUAAAAACAAAGGAAAGCUCAGAGACGAGGACAUCCCAGAGGAGUGCCGGACAAGGGCUGGGAGAGACGCAGAGACAGCCGGAGUAGGAAGCAGGACUUCCUCCUGACUGGGGAGCAGGGCUCCCCUAGGCUGGCUCUGGUGAGGGGUACCACGCUUGGCUUGGAUGGUUGGCAGUUUCUCGGGGUCCACUGGCUGCUCCUAGAGCCCGCCCUCUUGUGGCAGAACGACUUUGUUACAGAUAGACCGGCAAGGCUGUUUCUGAAUGUCAGAUGGCACAUCUAGAGGCAAAAGGGACUUCCACCUCCCCCUCCCAUUUCACAGAAAAGAAAACCGAAGCCCAGGACGACUAAGUGAUUCACUCACAGUCACAGAGGCGGGGGCAGCUGGGGGCCAGAGUGGAGAGAGCGCCAGGCUUGGAGUCAGGAAGACUCCUCUUCCCAAGUUCAAAUCUGGCCCCGGACACUUCCUAGCUGUGUGACCCUGGGCAAGUCACUUAAUCCUGUUUGCCUCAAUUUCUUCAUCUGUAACAUGAGCUGGAGAAGAAGAUAAUAAUCUACUCCAGCAUCUCUGCCGAGGAGAGACGGACACAACUGAAAAGACUGAAAAACAAAGAGGCAGUAAAUAGGGCAGUGGGACUUCUGGCAGGAGCAAGUACUCUUCCCACUGUACUACAAUGCCUUUCUUGCUUGUAAAUAGGACUUUUUGUAAGCUUAAUUCCUUAUUAAAUGUUUAAGGGAAGCUUGCUAUUUAAGGGAUUCCUGAAGGAAAGAAUCCUAGGAUGUUUGGCCCCAUUCCUCCUCCUAGCCCCUUCUGUGUCUUCCUCUGUUUCUCUAGCUAUGACCAGCUUUGGGGGAGCAUUGGAAAAAGGGUUCCUGGGUUAUCAUUUGCAGUACUGGCAGAGAGGGAACAUAGAGCCAGAGGAGGGUCAUAGUUUGGGCGAAUGGAGGUGGUUUGGACAGGAACAGCCUUCUUUUCCUGGGGAUCUCCGUCACUGAACUUCUAACAUCCAGACAGCAGUUUCCAUGGGCAACCGGGGCUGGAGGGAGGUUGUGGUCCCCAAGGCUCAAACCUUUUCUUGGGUGCCUCCUGACACUCACACUGUGUCCUUAGUCACAGCUGGGCAGACCCAGGGGCUUCGUGAAGCAGGACAAACCCUGGCUUGGGGGAAUGUGCCAAAUGCCAAUAUCUGGAGGAAAAGAUACUUGACCUUUGUUUCCUCACCCUACCUCAGAGGACUGGGGGAGAUGGUGUGAGUGUGCGUAUGUGAAUAGAGACACAGAUGCCAACUCCCUUUCCUGGCCCUCUUGGACAGCCUGGAGUUUGCAAGAUGACCCAGUGGAACAUAAGUCCGACCUGUAGAUAGCAUGUAAAUAGUUUACAGCGGAGCCCUCCCCACCUGUCCUUCCUAAAUAAAACUCCCUCAAACUUG